AUGGCGUCGACGGGCCUACAAGUGAAACGAUCUUCGUCUCACCUCGAGGCUGCUGACAGUAAACGCCCGAAACACCAUUACCAUCACCAUCACCGCUUGCGGGAACCUGUCAACCUGCCACUUUCGUCUGAGCCGGCCAUACAAGAUGAAGCUCACUUCGACCAUCUGAUGAACCGUUCGAUCGGUCACCUCCUCAAAGAUGCGGGUUUCGAUAUAGCCGAUCCCGCUGCGCUGUCCAGCUUGCGCAGCGCCGCAGAGACAUAUUUGACUCGCAUAUCCACAUAUGUUCGCCAGUCCAUGCUGGCAUCUCGUCGGAUUCAACCUAUUCCUCCUGACUUCGAGCAUGCUCUUAGUCGCGUCCAUCUGUCCCCCGAUGACCUCCGUCCCUAUCUCAAAUCACCGAAAACCGUUACUCCCACCCCGACUCUCCUCCCGUCACCCCCACCAGAAGAUGAACUUAAGCGCAAACUUCCAUUCUUGAAUGCAUUGCGUGGAGAAGAGACUGUGACCAAUCGCUCCUACAUUCCGAAACAUUUCCCUGAUUUCCCAAGCAAACACACCUAUUCCGCUACUGCGGUCUUCACCGAACGAGAUAGCGAUCCACGCAAGAUUCGUGAGCGCGCCGCUGAAGAUGGUCGUCACGGUGAAGAGGCAUUGCGCAAGCUGGCUGGUGCCGCGUUCCGUGACAACCCGACCAGCUCCAGUGGCAAGGAUAAGAAGCUCUGGGGCCGACGCAUGGAGAGCAUGGAGACCAUGUUCGAGAAGACGGUGAAGGGUCUCGCGAAGAAGUUUCAAAAGGACCAGAAAGAUCCAGCUGCUCCUAUGCUCGGCUCCGCGAUGGAUAUUGACUUGGGCAAACCAGGCGAUGGAGACGGGAAAGCUCGCACACAGGCUUCAUGGCAUCUGGAGAUGGGACCCAUCGUCAACUGCGAGCGGGACUUCUGGCGUCGUCCAGCUUCUGGUCCCCGGGGAAAGGAGGAAAAAGCAUCCAAGCCGCCUUCUAGUGCUGAGCCAGUGGAUGUUAAUGGCGCAUAA